AUGGACGACGUUUCAAUUAUAGUAGCCCCAAUUGUUAACACACUUGUCGAAGACACAACGAAGAUGAUCAAGAAGAAGAUCCAUUUGAUCAAAGGUGUCGAGAAAGAUAUUGAACAGCUUCAAAGUAAGCUAUCCGCAAUCCUAUCCGUGCUUGAAGAUGCAGAGGCCAAGCAGCUGGAUUCUAAACCAGUGAGAGAUUGGCUUGGAAAGCUGGAAGAUGCUGCUUAUGAUGCAAAGGACGUACUUGACACUUAUGAAACUAACGCCAUGCUGUGGCAGAAAAAUCAGCAGGUACGAAAGGUUCGUCUUCCUUUUAGUGCAAGUAAAACUUCUUACAAGUUAAACACUGCAUCCCAGAUUAAAGAUAUAUUAGCUAGAAUUAAUGAAAUUGAAAAAGAAAAAGAUGGUCUCCAUCUGGAUGUCAGUGUGGGAGUCGUGGGACCCAACAAUGGAACUUCUGAGAAUAGAAGAAUCACUACAUCUCUUGUGUAUGAACCGGAUAUAGUUGGUAGGGAGGAUGACAAAGAUAAGAUAAUUAAUCUGUUGAUGUCAGAGGAAUAUAAUAGAGAGGGAGGCGUUGCUGUGAUUCCCAUCAUUGGGAUGGGAGGUUUGGGCAAGACAACUCUUGCUCAAAUCGUUUACAACGAUGAUAGAGUUAAAAGCCACUUCGAAUUUAGGAUGUGGGUAUGUGUCACCAUGAAUUAUGACUACAAAAGGAUUCUAAAAGAGAUGAUCGAAUCUCAUUCUAAGAUGAAGUAUGAUACCAACUCGAUAUCCCUUAACCAGUAA